AUGGUAAACAUCGACACCGCGUCUGCACGCGAUCUUUGUCGGUCUCUCGUUGUCUCGCCGCCGCUUUCGCCGUUAUCAUCACCUUGCUCAAAGCUUGUCACAAUCUUGAUGGCAAUAGCUUUUGUUCGUAGUCUUCAGAAAACUUCAUCUCUUCUUAGAUCUUCAUAUCCACUUCUCAUUUCUUCCAGGUUGCUUCAGCAAAGCCAAGAGCUUUCUUCGUCUACAACAUCGACAUUCUUGAUACAGAACAUCUCAACGAUUCCGAGGCAGAUAUGUAGAAGAAACUUUAGCCAUGGUACGGUGAACCUAGUGAUAUCAGAAGGGAAACCAAAAUUCGAAACUCGAGAAUUUGAUCCUCCCAAGAAAUGGAAGUGGCUGAGUAAGAAAAGGCUGAAGUUGAAAAGAAAGAAAGAAAGAGAAGAAAGAAACGCAGCCAACAGGAAAGACCCACGGAGACUUACCGUCAAAGGGAAGAAGAGGAAGUUUGAAAACGUAGAUGAAAGAAUCAAGCAUAAGCUCGAAAAGGCCAAAAUCAAAGAAGCAUUUCUGAUUGAGAAACUCAAAAGGUACGAAGUUGCCAAAGUGCAGGGACCUGAGGUUCAACCACAUGAGAUUACAGGGGAAGAACGUUUCUACUUGAAGAAAAUGGGUCAGAAAAGAUCCAACUAUGUUCCCAUUGGGAGAAGAGGAGUGUUUGGUGGUGUGAUUCUAAACAUGCAUCUUCAUUGGAAGAAGCACGAAACGGUUAAGGUUAUAUGCAAUAAUAGCAAGCCGGGACAAGUUCAACAGUACGCGGAGGAGCUUGCUAAACUCAGUGGUGGUGUUCCUGUUAACAUCACCGGCGAUGACACGAUCAUAUUUUAUAGAGGGAAAGGUUAUGUUCAGCCGAAAGUUAUGUCUCCUAUCGAUACAUUGUCCAAGAAAAAGGCAUAUGAAAGAUCGAAGUAUGAACAAUCUCUUGAAUCGGUGAGACAUUUUAUAGCGAUUGCAGAGAAGGAGCUUGAACUAUACUACAGGCAUGUUGCUCUUUAUGAUGAUCCGAGUAAGAGAAAUCCUCUUUCGAUCUUGGAUGAUUCUCCAUCGGAAUCAUGUGAUCAUCACCGGAAUAAGCUUUAUUUGAGCUGUUCGGACACUGAAGCUGAUUCUGAAGAUGAAGAUGAAGAGCUCUAUGAAUUAGAUAAUGGUUCUUCUUACUCUGCAAAGGAAGAGUUCGUCAAAUCGCCAUCGCUCAAACUCACACCACGUUAUAUGACCAGAAUGAAGAAUCUCACACCAUGUUAUGGAAACGAUCGUGAAGAUAUGCCAGAAGAUGAUAUUGCCCGGUUACUACUGAAGAGAAUGGUGUGCUUUAGAUAUGAUCUAGAAUGCCCCGUUAGCUCCGAGGCAUUUGUUCUUGUCUGGAUGGAGCAAUACAAUCAUCUUCUUAUACUGUUUCUUUCACUUCUCUUUUCCCAGCUGAUGGUUUUUAGCCCAAGAACUGCGUAG